AUGCCGUCAGUUACAAAGGUUGCUGUUAUCGGAGCUAGCGGAAAUGUUGGCAAGUCAACUGUCAAGGCACUCCUCCAAGAAGGUUUUCAAGUGACAGGCCUGACUCGAGCAUCAUCAAACAGCACUCUUCCUCAGAGCAUCAACACUGUCAAGACCGACUACUCUGAAGAAUCUCUCCUCAAGGCGCUAAGAGGCCACGAUGCUGUAGUCAGCACGGCCUCUGGUAUAGCCCCCGGCCAGAUAUUGCCCUUCCAGAAGCUCAUGGUCAACGCCGCCAUCAAGGCCGGCGUCAAAGUCUUCGUACCCUCCGAGUUCGGCGUUGAUACAGCGAACCCAGAAGCACCCAAAGUCAUCCCUUUCGUCCAAGACAAGAUCGACACGCUUGGCUACAUCAAAACCAAGAAUGGGGAGCUUUCAUGGAUCGCUAUUGUUUCAGGUGCCAUGUUCGACUGGGGCCUCGACAUUCCUGGCUUUGGCGGCUUCGACAUCGCCGCUCGCACCGUUAGGCUUUUUGACGGCGGUUAUAUCGCUUAUGAGGCUACCAACCUGGAUCAGGUUGGGAGGGCAAUUGCCAAAAGCUUAAAGCAUCUCGAGAUUACACGCAAUCAACAUGUCUACGUCAAUAGUUUCACCGUGACCCAGAACGACGUCCUCCAUGCGCUGGAAAAAGCCACGGGAGACAAAUUCCAAGUUUCUCAUGGAACUGUAAAAGGUCUCUGGGAAGCAGGUGCUGAACAGGUCAGAAAUGGAGAUGCGAUGGGCGCUCUGGCUCAGAUCUCUGGUGCGAUCUACGGCAAGGGCGGUGUCGCGAAUUAUUCUGUUGACAAAGGACUCUGGAAUGAUAAGAUAGGAUUGCCAGGAGAAAACCUCCAGGAGUUCGUAGAGGCUUAUAUCAGAAACACUUAA